AUGAUUCUCACGAGUGAUGGCUGUGUCUACGGAUGGGGUAAUAAUUGGUUCGGACAGUUAGGUUGUGGAACUGACAGUGAUAAACAAAAUGAGGGCACAUUUCGAGUGAAUUUCAAUCCCAUUCACGAAAUUAAAAGCAUUUAUUGUUGUCUUUACUCUUCAUUUGCCAUCACAUCUGAGGGACAGGUGUUUAGUUGGGGUCGAAAUGAUUUCUAUAAUUUGGGACACAAUUCAUCGGAUAUUAUAUGGAAACCACAACUCAUUGCAAACAUGACUGUUGUUACCGGAGUGAACCAAUACAACCGUUGGUACGAAGAGUUGCAUUCAUUAGGUUCGGGAGCUUUUGGGGAAGUGAUAACAAUUUACGGGAAUGUAUGCAAGAAAUGGAAAAAUUGAUAAAAGUUAAGUCAGAAUAUUGUGUCCAAUAUAUGGGUCAAUGGUGGGAUAACCAAAUUUAUUACAUUGAAAUGGAAUUGUGUUCCAAUAGUCUUAAGAAUAUUCUUCAACAUAAACCACAAGUAUUUGGUCGACAACCGGAAGAACCC